GUAGCUAGCUACGUGUACAUUUGUGUUUAUAUUCCUUGGACAUGACAGCCAGCCAUAGAAGCUAAGAAGAUCAGUGGGCAGGAAGCAAUUUUGUUGCAUGUACCGUCCACCUAGCUAACAAGGCAGGAGCCCAUUGGAUAGUUAGCUAAUACAGCUUGGGAAUUGAUCAGAAUAACGGCUAGCUAUAGAGUUAUCUUGGUUGUCAAUACUUCAGUGAACUGCAGUGGGAUGUCAAAUGCGCUACUCAUUUGAACAAAUGUGUAAUGUGUCAAUAUUAGCUAGCUAGCUAACGUGCAUUGCCAUUCUUAUAUUGCUAUCAGAUUUGUUAUCGCUCGCAGGAUUAUUUUACAAAUUGUUUUGUAAAUCAGGCUAGCCAACUGUCACCUGCAUUAAACUACUGUAUCUAUCAAUAAGGAGAAUAAUUGACAACCAUGGAAAAAGUCACGAAAAUACUGGUUCAUCUGUCGAAGAAUAAUGUCGCACCCCAAUGUGCCCGUUUUGUACAGAGCAUAACAGGUCAUUUUACAGAGACUCUUGAUGAUGAGGUGGAGGUGAAGUGUUCUUUGGAGAACAAUCGCUUUAUACUGUGUGACUGCGAGAAGGGGAGAGGAAUUCCUCUAAAGAGGGCAACCUUUUGCCCCUUCAAGUAUCUGUCUGUCGCAGAGGCAGCUGCAAUCCCAUUGGAUGUUCAGAGCCGCGGAGUGGACGUGGGGGUUGCUAUUCUUCUGCAGUCAGCCAAUCAGAAGGUGUUGUUAACUCGACGGGCGGCCAGUCUCCGCAUUUUCCCCAAUGUGUGGGUUCCACCAGGUGGCCAUGUGGAACUGGAUGAGAGGCUCCUGGACGCAGGGCUGAGGGAGCUGAGGGAGGAGACAGGACUGAAGCUGGACCCUGGAGACGUUUCAGCUCAGCUGCUGGGGCUCUGGGAGUCAGUUUUCCCACCCAUGCUGAGCAGAGGGAUGCCGCAGAGGCACCAUGUGGUCACUUACAUGCUCCUAAACACCUCCCUCACACACCAGCAGCUCCAGGCCUCUCUGCACCCCAAGCCUGCAGAGGUCAGUGGUUGUCUGUGGGUGGACGCCUCGCUGGUCAAGGCCAUUGUGUCCGCCGUGGACGGAGAGGAGGGUUCUGUGACACCGUUGGAGGGCCUGGCUCCAACCAUAAGUGUAUCGGAGGUCUCUCCGGAAGGUGGGCUCAGUGAGUCAAUUUUGCCAUUGUCUGUUUUGUGUAACCGGGCCCCGAAUAGCGGAGAGGAUGUGGAGCGGGUCAGCACUGGUACCAAAUACGCCCUGGAGCUCUGGCUUAAGAACCUGGAGGGACAGGGGACCCGAUGUUAACUGUCUUCACUAAACCUGGACGUCUAGCCCUGUGAUGAAGUGACUUCCUGGAGGAUGACAUCAUUUCCUGGAGUUUGCCUUAACCGGUGAAGGUCACCUGAAGUGAACUAUCAUCUUUCAAAAAAUCUUGUACGUAUUAACCAAUAAUGAACUUUGGGUGAUCUGUCCCUUUAAUAUCUACAGCAACACCUACAAGUCUUAUAUGGCUGUUUGAGGGCUUUGCAUGAGCUAUCAAUGUUGUGCGUAAGAACAGUUUUUAUUGCAAGGGUGUUGUUGUUAGUGAUGAAAUGUUAUGAACAACGUGGAUUUAUACUGCAGAUGCUUUUAUGAUCAUUAUAUUCCAUUUGCGCCUUCAAGCCACAAGAUGGCAAUGCAUAGCCUACACAGUGAUUUCACAUUUGGAAACAAGCACAAAACAAUCAGAAUUCUGAUUUAAGUUUACAUAAUUAUCUUGACUUGUAAAUAAUAAUGUGUUCUUAACUGACUCGCCUGAUUAAAUAAAAAUGUAUAAAAAUAUUUACAUUUUUCUAAAUGUAAUUAUUUUCCUCAACCAGCAUAUUUACUA